UUGAAUAUCCUACGGAUCCUGUGAUCAUGGACAAAUCAGAACCGGAAUGUGAAUUUAUUCUGCUCAAGAAGGAAGAAACUGAUAAUAUCUCAGCCAAAAUCUCAGAGGAUUGUCGGCCUAGCCCAAAAUUUAGGAAAAAAUCAAAGUCAGCAUUGGCUUCUCGAAAGGUGAACUCUGGCAUGAUCAGAAAUUCUGCAAGCAGAGCAAGCCCUGCUACACCGGUUGCUCGUACAUGUAAUGUGCCAUGUCCUGCUGCUCUUGAAAUGGCACGAGAUUUCAAAUCGAAGCAUCCCAUGUUCAUACUCGUGGUGUACCCUAGUUAUAUUAAAGGUUCCACUCCGAGUGUAUCAUCCAAAUUUAUGCGGACACAUAUCAAGAGAAGCGUGCAGGUCGUGACACUUAAGUACAACAAGGAUUCAUGGCCAGUGAAGUUAAUCAAGCCUCCGGGGGACCAUGGAAAGUUAUCUCAAGGUUGGUUUGCGUUUGCAAGAGCAACUUCUCUGUGUGAAGGGGACGUUUGUGUGUUCGAACUAACUAAGCUGAGUCCCACUGUGCUUGAAGUGUCAAUCUUCAGGAAUUCUGAUUACACUUAGGAGUGGUUUACUGCCACCAUUACGCUUGGCAUCAUUUUAGAGAAUGAUAUCCGUAGUGUUAUCAGCUAGACAUACAACGUUACCAAGUUUUUCUUUCUUGUUUUUAGUGUCUUUUUUAUGACAGAUGGAUCUGUAAAUUGAAAUGUCCUGAGAACUG